AUGACAUCCACCACUUCUUCCCUUCGCAAGCUGUCUCACUCCCGGAAUACCGAAGAACAAUUCCACGCCUUGGAUCGUGCCUUGGCAAGGAGAUAUGUCUUUCGUCUACUUCACGAACAAAGAUCGCGUAGAAUGCAAGAGCAAUCUCGAAGCGACGUAAUAUUCAGACCGAGAGUGGAAAUAUGUGACGACCCAUCUUCCUCGCGUAUUACCGCUACGCUUGAACUUCCUGGCAUGAAAGCAGAUGAUGUGCGAGUCACACUCGAGCGCGAUAAUCUUCUCGCUAUUUCUGGCGAACGCGUGUCCAAAGCACCCUCUGACCAGUCCGCGUCUGUAAGCUUUCCUGUGAGGGAGAUUAAGUACGGAAAGUUUCUUCGUACACUGGAUGUUCCAUCCGGUACAAUGAUGAGUACUAUAUCAGCGGCAAUGAGUGAUGGCAUGCUACUCGUAUCAUGGCCUCGUUCCCCUCCAGGCGCCAGAGCUCGCUCGCCGCAGUGA